AUGCCCGCCAAGAAGAAGACUGCCCGUUCCCCUCCCAAGACUUUCCGCUGUGAAACCAUCGAGGGCUGUGACAUGGUCUUUACUCGCUCAGAACAUCUUGCUCGUCAUAUUAGAAAACAUACUGGUGAUAAACCUUAUUCCUGCCCUUUCCCUACUUGUGGACGCAAUUUCAGUCGUUAUGACAACAUGAUGCAGCAUCAACAAACCCACUUCCGUACCAAGAAGCCUGCUGCCCCAAGGAAGCCUACUGCUGCUGCCAGAAAGCGUGCCGCUGCCGCUGCCAAGAAAGCCCAGGCUGCUCUUGAGGCCCAACAGAAGAAAGAGGCUGAUGCUGCCGCUGCCGCUGAUGCUGAUGCUGAUGCUGAUGCUACUUGUUCUUGCACUGAUGAGGCUUCUCCUCCUCCUCCUUCUGCUCUUCCUGCUGGUCCUGAUCCCUAUUACAUGGGUCCCAAUGAGCAUUGCCACCCUCUCUACCAUCCUAUGAGUGGUCCUAAUCGCAUUCUCCCUCCCAUCCACCAUAUCCUCGGGUAUCACGAGUAUAUCUACCCCAGCCGCCAGAUUCCGGUCUUCCAUCCCUCUGGAGACCCUUAUUAUCUCCACGGUGGUUUGCCUUCUCUGGCCAGCUUGUUCCCCAGACCAAUCACCCACCAGCGUCCUUACUGGGUCGAGAGCUCUGCCCCUCCCCAUGAGCAUUUGCUCGGCUAUGACCGCCGCUACUCCCAACCCGAGUUGUACAGCCGCAGAAUGAGCUGGCAGUACACUCCCGACCGUCGGUCAUCAGCCUACUCUUUCCAAUCCUCUGCCUUGGGCCAGCUUCCCUUGGGUCGCCGUCUUUCCUCUAAUGAUCUCUCAAAGCCCAUUGUCUCUCUCUCUGUCGCCUUGAUGGGAGAUGCCUGCCUCUCCGAGGAGGAGGAAGAACCCGCCACCAAUGGCGAGGUCGUUGUCUCUACUGACGAGUACCAGGCUCUUGAAGGAAUGAGCAGACUUUCUGUAUCCCAACCCGUUCAUUCCUAA